AUGGUGGAACAGCAUAAAGCACGAUUACGGGCCAAGCAGCGAUUCAAUCAUGAUGUUCCCGAAGCCCAUUCCUCCGCGGAGUUGCGGAGUAACCCUGGCGGAGUAACCCUAGAAAAAUUGGAAGGGGCGACAAAGGAAGAGAAAGCGGGCCGGAAACUUGACAAGGCAAAAAAUGCGUCUCGUUGGAUAAAUAGUGAAUCGGUAGCACUCCAGAAGGAUGAUCUCUUCUUCAAACCCGGCGCAAUGACGAAACAGGUUGAUGUUGUGAUUAUUGGAGCCUCAUUUGCAGGUCUCCCCAUCGCACACAGUCUUCUUAACAGCACCCUCUCAAUCAAAGUCACCUUAAUCAAUCCGUCACCGACAUUUUAUUUUCCUAUAGCGGCUCCGCGGAUUCUAGCAAAACCAGCUGCAUUCCGGUCGGAUGAAUAUCUGAUUUCAAUUGAAGAUGCGUUCCGGCAGUACUCGUCACAAUCGUUCAAAUUCGUCAAAGGAAAGGUGACCUCCUUGAGCGUUGAGGAAAAAACAGUCCUUGUAGAUGGCCAGGGCCUCUUCUCGUUCGACUACCUUGUUAUCGCGUCUGGGAGCACGACCGAAUCCUCCAUCACCUCCGGGAGCACGCCGAUUCCCUUCAAAGCGUCCAAUAGUGAUGACAUGAGGUCUCGGAUUAAAGCCGCUCAGGAACUGAUAUCUACUUCGUCAAGCAUUGUCAUCGGAGGCGGUGGCCCAAUUGCCGUGGAGCUGGCUGGUGAGCUCGCCGAGGCUGCCAUGGAGGUGGAAAAACCAGUCUCGAUAACCAUCGUUUCGGCAACGGAAAGGGUGCUCCCUAUGCUCAAAAUUUCAGGUAGCGAGGCGGCGAUGAAACUCCUCAAAAACAAAAAUGUGGUUGUCCGAUCGUCCCGUAAAGUGAUUAAGACUACUCCUCCUGUGAAGGGCCUUGGCAGCUGGGAGAUCUUCCUAGACAACGAGGAGAAGUUGGAAGCAGAUCUAUAUAUCUCCGCGACUGGAGCCAUCCCGAACAACAACUUUGUGCCUCAGGAGUUUCUUGACGAAAAAGGAUGGGUCAAAGUUGACCAAGAGCUUCGCAUCCGAGGAAAAGAGGGGCAAGCUCCGCUGCCAAUUUUCGCCGCAGGCGACAUCACAAACAAUUCGAUGCGAUUGUCGUUCAAGGCACAAGAACAAGCAGCAGUUGUCGCAGCGAACAUCAUUGCUGAUAUUUCCGGACGGACGACACGACGCUCUUAUGACCAGGGACAAUGUAUUCUGAUGAUGGUUCCGGUCGGCUCUACGGGUGGAACAGGGCAGGUUUUCGGACUCACCCCCUGGAGCGUUAUGGUGCGGUUGAUCAAAGGGAGAGAUUAUUUCAUUUCCAAGGCAGCCUCAGCGGUGACCGCGUGA